ACAGUACAUGAACAUGAAUAUAACGGCAUGAGGCGGAACUCCAAGCAAGGAAGUGCACACAAUUUCAGAUUGCAGUAUAGUGUGGCUACCCGUGACCAUCGUGCAACAUGAUUCCCUCACUGCGAUGGAAGCAGAUAUUACCCCGGGGCAGGGGUGAUAAACUCUCCGUCUUGGUUGCCGUCACUGAAUUAUUGGUAGAGGGCUUCUUUGAGCUCCUGGUCAUCCUGCCACGCAAAUAUCCCGAGGCCACCAUGUACUAUUGGCUGAGCGUCGCACUGGGGCUGUUCUUAUUCAUCAACACGUUAGGGAACCUGCUCAUGGCGAUGAGUACCGAGCUCUCAACCAGCUCCUCCCUCUUGCCAACCGUGUUGAGGCCUGGCUGGGAUUACUGCUAUUCCUGUCAACGGAAUACACCACCGAGAGCUUACCACUGCGGCCACUGUGGCAUCUGCGUGCUCAAACGCGAUCACCACUGCCUCUUCAUCGGCAGUUGUGUGGGCUACGCAAACCACCGGUAUUACCUGGUCUGUAUCAUGUACAUCACCCUGGGGGCCUUGUAUGCGAACUAUCUCAACAUGGAAUACAUCGUGGAGAACGUGUCGGAAAACUUAAAGUGGACCACGCUGCUGGCGUCGUUCACACCAAUUUUCGGUUGGCUGUUUGGCCUCACUCAGCCUGUGUCCUACUUCAUCGCUUUCCAGAGUGGGACGUGUGCGCUAGGAUUUCUGGGUUUCGUCAUCUUGUUUGGCUACCACGUCUAUAUCGCGCUGCGUGGGCAGACCACUCAUGAGAAGCGACGAAGCAGAGACCGAUCAUACGACUUAGGAUGGAGGCAAAACAUGCGUGAAGUGCUGGGUACUCGCUGGUAUCUGGUGUGGAUCUUUCCUCUGAUAAGGUCACCUCUCCCAGGUGACGGAAUUCAUUUUCUGAAUCGAGGAGCACUGGGCCUAGAAGAUGUCAAGGACUUAUGACUAGGCCAGGAACAAAAUGAUACGGGAAAAUCUUGAAACUUUAAUAAUGACUU